CCAUCUCUUCCUCUACAGCGCACCUCCCAUGGCGCCGUCACCCCGCGCCAAGUCUUCGCGGGCGCCGGAGCCCUGUGCAGUUGCGUUCCUGCAUGCCCGCGAGCCUCCUCCGAACGUCUCCUUCCUCGCGCCCAUCCAGCAGGCCACCAGCAAGCCCCGCUUCCGCGCCUCCCCCGAGCUGCGUCCGUCGCCCGGCAUGGCCGUGAGACCUGCAGCAUCGCCGGCAUCCUGCAGCUCACGCCGUCCCGUUCGCAGGCCCGGCGAGCCGGACCUCUCAGUCGCCCUCGCCUCCACCUCCGUCCCCAUGGCGUCGCGGCCUCGUCGCUCCCCUGUCUCUAUGUUGCGCCAGGGACUCGAGCCCUCCACUAGCAGGUCGCCCCAUCAUGCCUACUUUUCCCUGCCUCUCUUGCGUUUCUUUUCCUUUCCCUGGUUCGCUCUUAGUUUCUCUCUACAGGACCUGCCUUGGACGCCCAGGUCUACUGCUCCAACCCACGCCUCAGGCAGCCUUACCGUCGUCGUUGCCUAGCCAGGAGGCCACCCGAUCUGGACGCCCACAGACCUCAGGCCAUCUUCGGUUGCUGCCCGCUGGCCUCGUCGCUCCUCUUGUCACUGCCAAGGCGCGGCAACUAGGGAAGCUCAAGACCGUCUUCUGGGUUUUCGCCAAGUUCGUCCAUCGCCAGAACGAGUUGGAGAUCCAUUGAUGCAUCUCCAUGUGGAACCUGACAAGUACAACUGGUUGCCCCAAGCAACACACCGCAAACGCCAAGUACCUCUACCGAAGGCCCCAAACGUCUACAAACUGCGUACCACUACGUGGGAGACCUCGGAUUCACCAAGUCCCCACGACGACAAGUGUAACCCAUUGGAUUGUCUAGUUCAACUACGACUCGUGUACGACUACGCGGGAUUCCUCGGACGCCAAGUUCAACGAUGUAUCAAGUACCUCUACCGAUGACUCGAACAUCUAUGAACCAUGUACAACUACCGCCGUUGUAAUUUUGACAAGAAACUUGUACUACUACCGUCGCGAGUACCUCUACCGUCGUCAU